UGACUGGAUUGUCUACAGAAACACCAUGGCAGCCUCAGACGGUUUUCCUGCCAGUUUCUAUGGAGAACCAGGAGUGUUAGGAAUGUUAUCCAAUGGGAUCAGCGCAUUCCUUGUACUUCUACAGAACUUCAGCACAGCUCACACUGGCAUUAAACCAGUUGGAGUGGAGAACAUACUUGCAGGUGUUCAUCUCAUCCUGAUUGGUGGUUUGUGCCAGCUGGUGGCUGGACUGCUCUCCUUUAGAAAGUACGAUCACCUGAGUGGCACUGCCUUCAUCGGCUACGCUGCCCUUUGGGGUAGCUAUGGGGCGACCAGAAUCUACUAUGGUGCUUUAUUUAACAAUCAGACUAUACCAUCAGUGUCAGAGCACAUGUUCAAUGGUUCAACCACCAACAUGAUGGUCAACACUUCUCUUCAAAACUCAACACAGUGCCACUUAUGUGUGUCCAUAGAAGAGUCAGCCAUUGCUGGUCUGAUCCCUUAUAUCCUUCUGUCCUUUAUCCUGGCAUUUUGCUCUGCCACGGUCAACUACAUCAUGCCUUUUGUUUUUGGAGCCAUCACGGCCACUUUGAUCUUUGAAGCAGCAGCUCUGGUGACAGGCCCUUGGGCUCUGGUGGUCUCUGGGGUUCUGGAGCUGCUCAUUUUGAUCUUUGCCAUCUAUGGUUCAGCUGCUCUACUCAUCAAAGGGCUGACUCAACGUCUGGUUCUUAAAGGCUUUGGGACCCCCCUCUUUAAUGUUCUCCUGCUAGGAACCACCAACUCAACAGGUGCUCAGAAACCUGGUCAAGAGAAGAAGAAGAACACAAAAUAUGCAGAGCCCAUGGCCUUGGGUUUCUUCUGUGACUCUAUUGCUCCCUUCAUCGUUGCCUUCUACAGCUUUGGGUACAUGAAAUCGUUUGGUUUAGGAGUUGCAUGGGUAUCAAUCAUCUCAGUCGCCCAGCUGUUCUCCAGCUACUACGCUCAUUUGCGCCAGGAUAGCUACCACACUACAAAAUUUGGGAUUCAUGCCAUGUAUUGGCUGAUCAAGGCUUGGGAUGAGUUUGUGGCAUCUGCCCUGAUUGUGGAGCACAGUCAAGUUGUUGCUGGUAGGGAAGCCAUGGUGGGAGACUGGUUCUUUGUGGUGGCCGGCUUGGUGCUCUGUGUGGGAAGCCUGAACAUGGACACUCUGGAGCUGAUCCACAACUUGCUCUUUGUUCUGCUCACAGUCUCAACAAUCCCCCAGAUCCCCCUGCAGGGUUACUACAUCUUCUUUGGUGUAGCCUGCUCUCUCUUCACUGCAGUCUCAGUCUACGGUACCUUCUCACGCCUCAUAAACACCAUCGCAGAGAAGUCUCUAAUCCCUGUGGGACCACAGCCGGUCUCCUCCGAGCAGCUGAAGAGAGCUCUGAUGUGUAGAAGAUCUCAACAUGGAGAACAAAAAGAGCUGCCCAACAGUGACCAGGCCUCAGAUGCUCUGUUUUAUCUUACCAACGGGGUUGCAGCACUUUCAGCUCUUCAUUCAGAAGUGUCAAGUGGGAACCCUUCAUUCCUUCAUCUGACUGUCCCCUGGGUCCUCAUCUCUGGAGGCAUCAUUCAGACCUAUGUCAGCAGGCUACAAGUCACCGGAGAGGGCCGGUUUGGAUCAGUCAUCUCAUCCAUCUACGUGGUUGUAUGGGCAACUUGGACGUGGUUUCGAUUUGCAGGUUUUCAGCUUCAGCUCCCCGUCCAGGCAGCCUAUGGAUUCACAGCUGGAGGCGUUGCUUUACUGGUCAUUAAUGCCUUCCUCAUGCUGAUUGGUAAGGUCUAGUAUCUGCUUUCAGCGCUGGAAUUCAG